AUGUCCCAGAAUUCCACACAGACCGUAUCUUCGGGGGAGGAGAUCGAGGAAGAAGAGUGUUCAGAGAAAGACUAUCUAUUUCCUGAAGAGGAAGAGUAUCUGGAAGAGGAGGAAUAUCUGGAGGAAGACGACUACCUGGAGGAGGAAAAGUUGCUGAAGGGGAAGGCAUACCUGUAUGGAGAGGGGUAUGCGAAGGCGGGAGAGGAUCUACAGGAGGAAAAGGACCUGGAAGAAGAGUAUCUGUUGGGGAAGUAUCUGGAAGACGAAUUCAAUAUGAUGUAUUCAUGGAAAAGCCUGCCUAUCCUUACAAGGGAACCCCCUCGGGGGACCACCUUCUACGCCGCCCCUCCUUUCAUCUCUGAAUUGUCCCACGAGUCUCCAUACCAUGAUGCGAUGCCUUCCACAUCCUCCGUGCAGCAAGAUGGAGAACUUCUGGCCUGGCAUGACGAGAGCACGCAGACAGAAUGGAUCUAUGAGACACAUGCAAAAUCAAAAUCAAAACUAAAACUCUCCACAACCACACUAACCACUGAGAAGUCAGAUUUGGAAGUGUUUGCUACCCCUGACGUGGCUCAUGAGGAGGAAAGUGCCAUGGAGUUUGUUUCCAAAGAGAGCUUUUGGGACGAUUUAUUAAAUGAACCCACGAACUCAGUGGAAACUGAGAGCUACGAUAACAAGGUUCUCAACAGCUCCUAUCAGGUAGUGUUUAGGACCGUGCUCAAAGAAAUGGCUGCUCGCCAAGAACUGGAAGAGGAUAUUGACAUCCCCCUGACUGGGAUUCUGGAGAGUGAAACCAGGAGGAAGCUGGGAAUUCUGUUGAAGAAAAAUUUUGGAAAAUACAAGCAAACAAUCCUCUGGAUUAUGAAGAAACGUGAAAACUUCCUCACGGCCAAACCUGCGGAGACGUCGACUUUCACAUUUCACUUAUGGAAACAACCACCACAAGGUGAGGAGCCUGUGACAGAGGCCAAAAAAACUCGUCGUGUGGUUUAUCGUAAGAAGAAAUUGGAAGUAGAUACGGGAUGGGUCCACAGCAAGUCUGAGGUGCCUCAAGGUGAUGGAAAAUUAAUUCUCUAUCCCAGUGGAAUUGUCUUCCAAAUUCUCUUUCCUGAUGAAUCGGGCCAAAUACAUUAUCCAUCAGGAAAGCUGGCUAUGCUCAUCCUCAGCACAAAACAGAGAAAGUUCAUAUAUAUCAUUCUAGAAGACAGUGAAGAAGGUUGUGUCCGGGCCCUUAUCAACAACUCCGGCCAUGCCACCUUCUACGAUGAAAACAAAGCAAUCUGGUUGAGCCUGAGCCAAAACCUGGGCUACUACUUCCCCAAAGGCAAAUACCAGAAGGCCUGGAACUGGUGGAAUCUGAACCUGCACGUCCACGCGCCGCCCGUCCAGUCCAUCUCCUUGAAAAUCAACCAGUACAUCAAAGUACAAAUAAGGAGCCAGGACAAGAUCACCUUCUGCUUCAACCACCAACAGAAGCACAUCCGCUUAAACCUGGGCACCAAGUACAAGUCCAUAACCCCGGAGGUGCUGAGUGAAAUGAGGCAGAAAGCAAUCCUGGAGGUAGAAUGUGGUUCAGCGGCCCGGAAGAUGCAGAUCCUCCUGGGAAAAAUGAGUCGGAUCCUGAAUUUCCUGACCAUCCCUGAUUUGGAAAACUUCAUAGAGGCUGCCAGUUCCUUGGCAGUAGGCAACAUGAAACGGAAGGAGAAAUGGUACCUCCCAGACUAGGACAGCCACCAGCUGGUG